AGAUCACCACCGAGGAGUUGGGUGUGCACGCCAGUCACGUCUGUGCCGCCAGUCGGUUCGGUUAUAUAUUGCGUGCCAUUUUGUGCCCUGCUCGACUUAUAUAUUUGUUUCUUGUUUUUUUUUCCCGCUUUUCUAUUCGAAUCGAAACAGUUUGCAACGUUUUUCUUAUCACAGCAACCAUGUGGAAAAGGUUUUGAUCGUGAAAUCGUGCACGGGUUUUUACUUCGUCGCCACCCGAUAAUCUCGUUUGAUUGAGUCCCGUUCGACUUGGAUUAUUGGCCGCGUGAUGAUAAUCGCAAGACGAUCAUGUGAAAGAAAAGGAGAUCUAGAAAUAAUGAGUUGAUUUAUUAUAUUUCCGCCCCCCUCCCCCAAUCCGAUUUGUAAUAACACCACCGAACAAGAACCAAUUAGCGGUUAUAUCAGCCAGCCAGCCUCUAUAUAGAUUGUGCGCGGCACGACAGUGCUGGUUGAGAUAAUAAUAAUAACUAUUAGAUAGCUAUAAUAGGAAGACUGGGCUGUUAUCACAAGUGUCGGAAUAAGAUACUGCUGCGCACACAGCCUCCGAUGAACUUACAUCCAGUCCGUCGCCUCCAUCAUCGACAGCAACAACUUGCAUCGGAAACUUGUCUAAUAAUCAGCAAAUGGAACCGUCAACGGCGGCCAAUCAGCCUUUGAUCGAAGGCAGCCAUUUCGGCGCCGCCGCCGCCGCCGCCGACAUCUACGACGACCGUUCGUUAUUCCGCCGACCCAAUUGUCACCCGGCUACUUUCCUACUCAACGACCGUCAAGCUGCCGUCGCCGCCACUGUUUACACAAUAUGUGCAUCUUCGGUUACGUUCUUCGGCUACUGUUUUUUGGCCGUCGCCACUUCUUAUCAAGCCAAACACAUGGCCGACGUUUACUGGGGGGUGCAAGCCUCUUAUGCGGCCAUCAUGAUGGCCGAGCUGACGUCGCUCUGUCUUUCCACCACUCUGUUGAUUGCAAUUUAUCAGGAAAAUUGUUCGCUAAUGGUUCCGUGGGUGUUGGGCUUCAUUGGUUCCAUCUCUCUGGAAGCCCUGGCCAUAGUCUACUCCAACGUCCUUCGUGAUCAUAUCAAUCAGAGCUUUGAUCAGUUGUGCCACUUUGAGAUUGGCGUCUUCCUAUCGAAAACUUUCAUCAACAUUCUCGUUAUAGGAGCUGUAGUGCGUCUCUACCGACAGCUGAAGGACGGCGCCACAUGGAGAGUGAGCGAUAUUUACGAAUUGUAAUGGUUACCGCCACCGCCGCCAGCACUCUCUCCAUUAUCUGAUUGCCGUUUCUCCAUUAUCUUGUACAUUUCCAAUAUUGAAUGUUAUGUAACUAAAUAUAUUUCUGCGCUCUAUUAAUCAUCAUGUCUAUAAAAAAGAAUCAUCUUUUUUUUUGCUACGCGAUAUAUGUGCUGGUGCCCGCUUUCUAUAACGUCAUUUCACCUAUAUUAUAAAUAGCGAAAAUCGAAAAUAUACGACAUGUCGAAAAUAA